GAAAACGCGAACACAGAAGCAUUGGCGUGUGAAGAACAACAAGUGUGAAACAAACAUGUCAGACGAGGAACACCACUUCGAGUCCAAAGCUGAUGCUGGUGCAUCCAAGACAUAUCCACAACAAGCUGGAACCAUUCGCAAAAAUGGUCACAUUGUUAUCAAAAACAGACCCUGCAAGGUAGUUGAGGUUUCAACUUCAAAAACUGGGAAGCAUGGACAUGCUAAGUGUCACUUUGUUGCUAUUGAUAUCUUCACUGCGAAAAAGCUUGAGGAUAUUGUUCCUUCUUCUCAUAACUGUGAUGUUCCUCAUGUUAAUCGUACUGAUUACCAGCUCAUUGAUAUCUCAGAGGAUGGAUUUGUGAGUCUGCUGACUGAGAGCGGUGGUACUAAGGAUGACCUUAAGCUUCCGACCGAUGAUAGUCUGCUUUCACAGAUCAAGGAUGGAUUCAACGAAGGUAAAGAUCUGAUUGUGUCUGUCAUGUCGGCCAUGGGUGAGGAGCAGAUUUGCGGCCUUAAGGACGUCGGCCCUAAGUAAUAAAUCCAUGAAUGCUGCUUGGAAUUGAGAUGAUAUAUUUAAUAUUUCUGUGUGUUUGCUGUGUAAAGAGAUUAAUCUAUGUUUGUGCAAUUCUUACAAGAUAUGAUGGUAAUGGUUGAGUUUAUUGAGUCUUUGACCACUUAUUUUUUGUGGUCUGAGAUCAAUGCUAGAACCACCAAAACUGUUUUAUGAUGUGAAGAAGUUACAUUGGCUACUACUAUGUAACACUUAUUUAUGUGCUUAUCUAUAAGACCCUCUAACUUUUCUACUAUAAUUCUCUUCAAUUUGAUUUA